AUGGAGGAUGAUGUGGAAGAGGAAUGGCCGAGAAUUCCUGAAGGAAUUGUGAUUUUGGUGAGGAUUUUUGAAAAUUUGAGCUGCAAUUUGGAUUUUUUAGAAGAUUUGGAGGUUUUUGAGCCAAAAUUUGAGAAUUUUGAUGAAAAUUGACCUGAAAUUCAGAUUUUUUAGAAGUUUUGGAGCUCUUUGAGCUAAAUUCAAAUUUUCAACUAAAUUUUCCUGAAAUUCAGAUUUUCUGGAAGAUUUGAAGGUUUUAAGCUCAAAUUUGAGAAUUUUGAUGAAAAAUGACCUGAAAUUAAAUUUUGGAAGAAAAAUCUGAAUUUUUAAGCUGAAUUUGAAAAAUUUGAUGAAAAAUUUAUCUGAAAUUCAGAUUUUUCUGAAGAUUUGGAGCUUUUUGAGCUCGAAUUUGAGAAUUUUGAUGAAAAAUGACCUGAAAUUUAGAUUUUUCAGAAAAUUUGAAGGUUUUUGAGCUCAGAUUUGAGAAUUUUGAUGAAAAUUUAUCUGAAAACUGAAUUUUGGAAGAAAAAUCUGAAUUUGAAAAAUUUGAUGAAAACUCAGCUGAAAUUCAGAUUUUCUAGAAGAUUUGGAGCUUUUUGAGCUAAAAUUUGAGAAUUUUGAUGAAAAAUGACCUGAAAUUGAAUUUUGGAGGAAAAAUCUGAAUUUUUAAGCUGAAUUUGAAAAAUUUGGAGAAAACUCAGCUGAAAUUCAGAUUUUUUAGAAGAUUUGGGACUCUUUGAGCUAAAAUUUGUGAAUUUUGAUGAAAAUUCAUCUGAAAAUUGAAUUUUGGAAGAAAAAUCUGAAUUUUCAAGCUGAAUUUGAAAAAUUUGGAGAAAACUCAGCUGAAAUUCAGAUUUUUUAGAAGAUUUGAAGGUUUUUGAGCUCAAAUUUGAGAAUUUUGAUGAAAAAUGACCUGAAAUUCAGAUUUUUUGGAAGAUUUGGAGGUUUUUGAGCCAAAAUUUGAGAAUUUUUGAUGAAAAAUCUGAAUUUUCAAGCUGAAUUCGAUAAAUUUGGAGAAAAUUAACCUGAAAUUCAGAAUUUUUAGAAAAUUUGGAGGUUUUCGAGCUAAAAUUUGAGAAUUUUGAUGAAAAAUGACCUGAAAUUGAAUUUUGGAAGAAAAAUCUGAAUUUUCAAGCUGAAUUUGAAAAAUUUGGAGAAAAUUGACCUGAAAUUCAAAUUUUUCAGAAGAUUUGGAGGUUUUUGAGCUAAAAUUCGGGGAAAAAUGACCUAAAUUUGAUAUUUUUGAAAAAAAUCUUAAUUUUUAAGCCAAAAUUCGGAAAUUUUGAUGAAAAAUGACCUGAAAUUCAGAUUUUUUGAAAGAUUUGGAGCUUUUUGAGCUCAAAUUUGAAAAAUUUGAUGAAAAAUGACCCGAAAUUGAUAUUUUGGAAGAAAAAUCUGAAUUUUCAAGCUGAAUUUGAAAAAUUUGAUGAAAAUUCAGCUGAAAUUCAGAUUUUUUAGAAGAUUUGGGGGUUUUUGAGCCAAAAUUUGAGAAUUUUGAUGAAAAUUGACCUCAAAUUGAAUUUUGAAAGAAAAAUCUGAAUUUUUAAGCUGAAUUCGGAAAUUUUGAUGAAAACUCAGCUGAAAUUCAGAUUUUCUGGAAGAUUUGGAGGUUUUUGAGCUAAAAUUCGGAAAUUUUGAUGAAAAUUAACAUGAAAUUAAUUUUUAGAUAAAAAAUCUGAAUUUUCAAGCUGAAAAUCGAAAUUUUCAUAAUUUUCCGAAUCAUUUGAACCAAAAUUCAUGAAAAAUCCAAAUUGCCACGUGGCAUUUUGCAGACGCGCGAGCAACGCGAAGCAAAAUUGGCCGAAAAACGUCGUCAAGCUGAAGAAGCUCAAAAACAACUUCUGGAAGAAGUCGUCGAAAAUCCGCUGAUUCUGGAAGAUGUGGUGGUUCAGGAUCAGGAUCCGAUAUUUUCCGAUUUCCAAACAUCAGCAACAGAAGAUCAAGCUCAAAAUCAAGAAAUUCAAGAAAUCUCGUUUGAUGACGUGGCCGAGCCAAAAGAGCCCGAGAUCUGUCAGAUUUUGGUGGAUACUGUCAUCGAGGAUGAGGAUGUGGAUUUGAGUACUGUAGUUGGGAAUACUGUAAUUCCUGGGAUUCAGGAGGAAUUAGAAGUGCAAAAUGAGGAAAAACCUAUCCAGGAGCAACCUACAGUAACCCAAGAGACUACAGUAAUCCCAAAAAUCGAAGAAGAGCCUUCCACAGUACCCCAAGAGCCUACAGUACUUCACCAAAUCAAAAAUGAGCCACAACCAGCAGAAGAAGAAGAAGAGGGAGAAGAUGAAUAUGAUGACUAG